AGGUUGAAUUCUCACUCAACGGAAGGGUUGGUUGGUUAGAGCUCCACAUCCUCUCGCCAUGGAUGCCGAUCAGAUGCUCUUCGACGAGGAUGCGAAGACCUCGGAGUCCCCGGAACCUUACCUCGCCGUCGUCCUCGGUGGCACCUUCGACCGCCUUCAUGAUGGCCAUCGCCGCCUCCUCAAAAAGUCGGCGGAGCUGGCGAAGGAGCGUGUCGUCGUCGGGGUUUGCACGGGACCGAUGCUCGCUAAGAAAAAGUUUGUGGAUCUAAUUGAGCCUGUGGAGAUGAGAAUUAAGGCUGUUGAGGAUUAUCUCAAGUCUGUUAAACCAGGGUUGAUUGUGCAAGUUGAGCCCAUUAUAGAUCCGUUUGGUCCAUCCAUUGUUGAUGAAAAGUUGGAUGCUAUCAUUGUCAGCAAAGAAACUCUAUCUGGUGGGCUUUCAGUGAACAAGAAGAGGGCCGAGAAAGGUCUUCCGGAGCUGAAGGUUGAGGUGGUGGAUCUUUUAUCUGGAGGAGAAAAUGAGGAGAAGCUAAGCUCUUCUGCUCUAAGGAGGCUAGAGUACGAGCGGUCAAGGACCUCCAAAGAAGAGCAUGAAGGAAAGCCAAACCAAUGAUCAAAGAUCAAACCAGAGAUGAUACACAAGUCCCAGUUCUGUAAUGAUUCAAGAUCACAAACCCCAGUGCAGCAGCUGUUCCUUGAACCAUUCUUCCAUAAGAAAGAUGAAAAGCCGGCAACUUUCAUCAAUCUCAUGCCGAUAAAAGCAAAUCUCUUUUGUAUUAUUUUGAAGGCAAAGCUGCCUACCAUAACUAAUGGACUCCAUGUUUCAGAGUCAUUGUUUACAUAAAGGUUCAAUUGUGAUGCCAUGUUGCUCCAAUUUAAUUCCUGUUGUGACUUCCAUGUGCUACUGCACAACACUCAAAAGGAAGGACUCCGUGACUUUUUCUUUGGAUAAUUACUGAAAAGUUUAAAAGUUGCCAACUUUCAUAUACAUCACUUU